GCCGGCGCACCUCGUUGUCGUCGUCGGUAGGUGUGUAACAAACGCGUGAAGGGAAAGUAUUGUGUUGCGGAAUCGCGCGCGUCACGCCCCGCCUGUUACACUUCUCGGAUUUUAGCAUGAGCUGCUCGGCCUCAAGGUGAUCGACUGUGGCCGCCCGUUGUCGAAACCACACCGGUUUCAUUCAAUACGUCAGUACCUACUCCGUUGAACCCGUCUGACAUUGCACAAUUAACACGAUCCAGAUGCGGCUAACAUUCUGUACGAUAUGUCUUUUGGCGACAGUGGCGCUAUCUGUGUGUCGGCCUUACGACCCAGAUGACGACGGCUUGAAGGAUGUGCUGCCCUCUGACGGACAGUUCGAAGCGUUCUAUCCUCGUGAGGCGCACGGUAUACCGAACGGUUCGUCGAGGCCUGCGCAUGGGCACGGUAGUUUCUACAAGCACCGCAACCCGGCGCUAGUUGACGUGAAAAACGCAGCCGCAUACGGUUUCCGCUUCGAUGGCAUGAGGAGAUUCAACUUCGACGAUGAUGAAGAGUGAAUGCUAAAUCUGUGUCCAUUGUAAUUUCUAUUCAUUUUAUUUUUAUUUUACAUUUUGUGUCUAAUUUUAAUUGAAAAGUUACAAUA